UGAAGAAAGCAACCAGAAUCUUGAUAUUCGAUCGAAUGUUUCUGGCUUGAAAAGUGGUAAGGAGCUUCAACUUAGUAAGUUUUUAAAAGCUUUCUUAAGCUAACUUGAUUUACCAUACUCAGAAACUACUCCAAAAAAAAAAUAAUGAUAAUAAUAAUUGCUUGUUAAGUUAAACAAUAGCUGAGAUUAUAAACCAUAUCAUUUUUUGAUGGUACUUCUUUGGCUAGUGAUGUAGAAACAUGUCUCUUAUAAGUAUCAUAUUGCUAUUAAAAGGUCAUAUGUACCUUUAUAUGUGGUGAAAGAUUGAUAUAGAAUAAAAAGGAUUGUAAAGAUUAUGCUGAAAUUUGUUGGCUGUAACAUCCUUUUGCUUUUCAUUAUGGUUUAGAUUCUUCAACAAUAAUCAAAACCAACAAGGGAGAACGAAGCAUCGAAGAAAAACUGGAGAUUCUCAAGAUGCAGUCAGAUGAUUUGGGCAUCAGUGUUGGUGAUGGUGAGGAGACUAAAGUCAAGAAGCAACUGCAGAAAUAUGCUAGACAGAGAAAUUUCGGUUUGCCAGUGUACUUUUGUGAAUGUGAUCAGUGUCCUGAGGCCACUCAGUUUAUGGCAACAGUUACAGUUGGUGACCAAAUUUUUGAGAGCUCUGGAUCCUUCAACACUUCGAAAGACGCUGAAAGUGAUACUGCAAAGGUUGCUUUAAUGUCUUUCUUAAUGGAAAACUUUCAAGAGGCAAGCACUCCAAAGUAGCUAAGAGCUUUUUCUUUUCUUCACAAAUCUUUAGAUGCUGCAAAGCUUGGUGUUUUAUAGAACUGUAGUUGUAUUUAGUUUUAGUGAAGAAUGUUUAGAAUGGGUUUCUAUAUUGGAAUUUUCUUUCUACUGCUUCAGUUACAUGUUCUGCAGCAUCAUAUCUGUGUGGAUGAAUAUAUAGAAAAUUGUUAGUCUAAUUUACUUUUUUCCAUCUACAGGACGAGUCUCGAGUUUACAAGAAUCUCUUGCAAGAGCUAGUUCAGAGAGAAGAUUUAAGCACUCCAGUUUAUAAAACUAUAAAACGUGGUGAACCCCACAAGCCUAUUUUCUUUACUAGUGUGGAGCUGGAUGGAGAAAUAUUCCAUGGGAAAGCAGCAAAAUCCAAGAAACAAGCAGAGUUGGAUGCUGCAAGGGCUGCCUAUGUCGCUCUUCAGGAACGUAAGUCCGAAAAAACAGUUCAUUCUUUCUAAUUGAUUCCUUUUGCUGACUCUAAUCUUCUAUGUUCAAGUGAAUCUUAUUUUGGUAGUUUGACUAGUUAGGAUGUAGCAGCUUUACAAGUAAAUCAGAAACUGGAAUAUACAUUAAAAAGGUAACCAAUUACCAUGAAAAUAGUAAAUUAUGAAAUGAAUAAUGUGUUUAUUUUCAUGACAUCUAUCUUCAGGUGGAUCAAUUCAGAAUGUCAACUUCACUUCCUCUAGUUUAGGAGCACAUACUCCCAAAUCAACUUGGAGCUCUUGUGUGGCCUAUGACUUGGGGCAGAGUCUAAAACACCAAUGCAUUUUGGUUCCACAUCAACCUCAGAUUUAUGUUGAAGCUAAAGAGAAGUUUGGUACAUUAGCAGAUUCAGCAGAAACCACUGUAAGCACAAUGGAAGUGGACAACUCAUACCCUGCAAUAACAUCUCAUAUGGUAAAUUUGAGUUUAUAUUUU